UUCUCAUGUACAAACUUUGCAAGCUGGCCGACAUUUUCAUUCCAGACGGCAAAUGGUGUAGACAUGCAUUUUAUCAGAUUUCUUUCGAUGUUAAGUUGUUUCGUUUACCAUACGGUUGAGUGCGCGUUCUGCGAACAACCCUUCACAGUAACAAAAGGUUGUACAGAAAAAAACUACUGCGACUCUGGGUACAAAUUUCUUGUUCGGUCUGAAGAUGUGGCGGCAGCAAUGAAGGAAGUGACGUCAUCCUUAAACUCGGAGUAUCAACGCCGCUGUUGGGCAUGCGCAAAUCACCAGAACCUUUCUGCUACACCCCGUGACUGCCAGGACUGGUAUGCUUCGGGAUUUCAUGAUAGCGGUGAUUACACCAUCUAUCCGACCCCGGGAAUUACUUUUCAGGUCCGUUGUGACAUGACGACGGAUGGAGGAGGAUGGACGGUAAUACAAAGACGGGCCUCCGCCAGCGACUUUUACAAAUCUUGGGCCGAAUACACGGCCGGGUUUGGUGAUGAACAUAACUUCUGGCUCGGCAAUGAGAAAGUCUUUGCACUGACAGGCUCAGGGGGCUACAAACUACGAGUUGAUUUGACAGCAAUCGGAGGUGCAACCGCAUACGCGUCAUAUCAACAGUUUGCAGUCGCAGGGGAGAAAGAUGUGUACAGAUUGUCGGUCUCAAAUUAUAUUGGAACUGCGGGCGAUAGUCUGUCGUAUUCGAACAAUAUGGCGUUCAGCGCUAAAGAUCGUGAUAAUGAUUUGGAUGUUGGGAGCUGUGCUUUAUAUUUGCAAAGCGCCUGGUGGUACAACGCAUGCCGUCAUGCAGAUUUAAAUGGGCCUUAUGGUGGAGACAGAUAUAUAAGAGGACUUAUUUGGUAUCAUUGGCAUGGCAAUUCGGAGUCGUUAGCAAGUUCAGAAAUGAAAAUACGGAGAAAAUAAAUAAUUGCUAAGGAUUGCUAUUGACAUCAAAUAUAUAAUGCAUUAGCCAUCAAUUUAUUUGCUUUUGUCUACAGAAGGUUUUUGACUCUAUUGACUCAUUAACUUUAUUGUAGGGUUAUGUUCUCCAAGGAAUACUACUAUAAAAUACCAUAUGUCUUCUAAUAUGCAUUAAGUAUUUUCCUUGCAAUGUUAUUUCUACAUAUGCUAUACACAUUGCUUUUGUUAACAGAAGGUGUUUAAUUCUUUUUGUUUUACGGGUUCCAUAUAAGGUAACAUAUGCGGUCGUACAAUCAACGUAUAAGUGCCUUUGUAUAUCUACAUAUUUCAUAUGUUAAAGUCGUUCAACUUAAACCAUUCAGUAACAAAAUCGUAUUAAUCGCUUGUGUAUAUUUGACACUUAGCUCAUUGAGUUUAUGGUAGGGUUAUGUUUGCUAAGAAAUGUUACUAUAAAAUGCCAUAUGUCGUCUAAUUUAUUUAGCCUUUUCCUUGCAAUUUUAUUUGCUACAUAUGCUAUACACAUACAAUAUGUGCGACAAUAUAAGAAAUCAACUGAUAUUAAACUCAUUUCAGCUUUAACAUGCAGCAAACUGGAUCAGUUUUUAAAAUAAAGUAUAUGAAUGUUUGAAUAUCUUUGUAAAUUAAUACAACAGGACACGUUAGACACCUUGCAAAAUCUUGGGAUAGGAUUUGGAAUCGACAAAUUGCACAUUUCGCCCCGAAUUCAAAUACGGUGAGUAAGACAAGCACUAAGUAAUGAAGUACCUUUUCCGAAAACGACAAUUCAUUAUUUCUCACGAUUCGUGACAUAUAAGCACGACUAUAAGUAUUAUACUACCAUUGCCCUAUACCACCCAAGUUCAUAUUAACUGUGAACAAAUCCUGAUAAUGCGUUAUUCGAAGAUAUUGUUGACAGUUGCAUACAGCAGAAAUAAAUGACAUAUUUGGACUUAAACAAAAACAUUCACAGUGUAGAGAAGCCAAAAUUUUGUAUACAAUAUUAAGAAGUGAAACUCCAGCUGCUGGAGCAUUAUUGAAUUCUCAUUAAAAACAAUUAGUUGGUCCUUUAUUUAAGGCAAGUGACCGAUUGCCCAAACAGUACAAAACAGCACAGUUGAUCUCAACCAAACAGAACAUAUUUUGUUAGUUAGUAAUGAGGGAUAAAUUCGUAGUUUUGUAAUGCAAUUUCAACGUCCGUGCAUAUGAAAUAAUUGAACAAAUAAAGUUCAUGUUUCAAGAAGAUCAAAAACGUUAUAUUGCAUGGGGCAUGUAAAGAUCGAAAAGGUGCACGUGAAAGUUUUAAGAGUGCACAUGAUGAUCUUAAGCUUCAGAUAUAAAUCUUAAGUGAAAGGCGAAGAUCUUAAUUGUGUACGUGAAAGUCUUUAUGGUGCUCGUGAAAGUUUUUAGAGUUAAUUCAAGGACUAUAGAGCGCAUGUGGAAAUGUCAAGGUACGCAAGGUUGGAUAAACGUGAACUUCUUUUGGUGCACGUAAAGGUCUUUGUGAUCUAAGUGAAUGUAUUCAGAGUGCACGUGACGUUCUUUAGAGUGGACGUGAAUAUCUUUCGAAUGCACGUAAAGGUCUUUAUGAUCUAAGUGAAUGUAUUCAGAGUGCACGUGACGUUUUUUAGAGUGCACGUGAAUAUCUUUAAAAUGCACGUGAAGGUCUUUAUGACGCAAGUUAAUGCCUUAAUAGUUCACGUGACGUUCUUUAGAGUGCCCGUGAAGGUCUUUAGAAUGCACAUGAAUUUCAGUAGGCAACACGUUAAGUCGUAGGGUGUUGAUUUUGUGUCUGGUUUGUUUGUGCUUUGUCUAGUACUAAUAUCCUAUGUCUCUGUGUGUAUGUUCCUGCUGUAUUAUGUAUGAUUGGAUGUUUCUAAUAAGUUUAUGUUGGGCUUAAUCAGUUAAUGCUGUGCUUAGUGAGUUAGUGUUUUCCUUGUAAAAUUGUUCUGUACAUUAUGAUUUUUGAUAAGCCUAGUGUUUGCUGUGUCUAUCGUGUGUGUGUGAGUGGUAUGUUACUCGUUAGUUUGCCCAUGUUGUAUGCUAGUUCAACGCUUUUGUUUUGCCGAUCUGAACCAGAGGAUACUGACAUUAUUUUAAAGGGCUUGCACGGUAUCACUACAUAAUAUUAAUUUGAUAGAAAUAUUUAGAUUUGGUAUGUAUGGACAUGUUUUUACGCACCGGUAUAAAAGAGAUUCAACAACAUAUUCAUCCUUAUCUAAACCCUUGACAUUUGACACAGACCAAAUGUUUUAUAUUGUAAAAUCGAUUUUCAAAAGGAUACCACCACACAUUCAGGCGCGCUACUUAGGAAAUAACUCGUCGUUAUUGCUUCGCAAAAUGUCAGUCGAAUAUGCGUUUGUCAUAGGAAUAGGUUAUUAAUACAAUGAAAAUAAUA